AUGGCUACUCAUCAAGAAAUUGCCGAGUAUGCUCGUAACUCCCUGAGAGCCUUUAUCAACUUUACUGACUACCCACCUAGCGGGCUCACCAUUGACGAAAUCCCAAUAAAGCUUAGGUGUGCAUCUUGUAACAAGCUUGCUGUCGAGGCAGUCCGCCUUCCUUGCUGCGAUCAGAACAUCUGCGCAGAUUGUCAAGCAAACAAGCUAGAAACGACCUGUCCGAUAUGCUUUCACGAACCAAUAAACGCUGAAGACUGUCGCCCGAACAAGGCCCUGCGUCAGACGAUUAAGAUCUUUCUGAAACGAAAAGCGAUAGACAGAGACAAUGCAAAGAAGCAAGAAGCUUUGCAAAAGGCUGCAGCAAAUAUUGCAGCCGAACCUGUAACGCCUCAAACAGACACCGCUCCUCUCGGACGUCAUGCAACAUCUGAUGAAGUGCGAUCGGAGCAAAUAUCGCAUGGCGUCAAACAAGAGUCUCCUUCCGUUUCUGCGGCGACUUCCGGGGUACCGCAAGUAGAGCAGAAGAACCAGCUUCCUGCUGCAUCUGGGGAUGCGCAAAAGGACAUACCACAACAAUCAAUUGAGUCUCCUGGGCCGCAAGAGACUCCCAGGCGUGCGUCCACAACGACGUUGGACAAUGGCACCGACGGGCAUGAUAAAGCGCAGGAUCAGGGAGGACUAUCAGAGCAGCAACAGCAACAGCAGCAAUGGAACUUGAUGCAACAACAAAUCGCAAACCAGGGAAUGAAUGGCUUCAACGUCGACAGCUCGAAUGGGUUUCCUGCAAUGAGUCUCAGUGGCAUGGGCGAUAUGAAUCAAAUGAUGCAGAUGAUGCAAGCUGGAAUGGUCAAUCCCAUGAUGACAGGAAUGCCAAAUAUGAUGGGCAUGCCCGGUAUGAACAUGGAUCCAAUCGCGAUGUCUCAAGGCAUGUUCAAUAACUUUGGCGGGCCUGGUAUGAUGAAUGGUAUGAACAUGGGCAUGGGCUUUGAUGCAGGACAGGGAGCGUUUGGGGGAGGUUUCAACGGGCAAUCUCAAGGAGCCUGGAACGCUGGCAGUCAAAAUAAAUUCAAUAAUAAUGCUUAUGGAGCAGGAAACAAUUUUGGAGCUAAUUCUGGCUUUGAUGCUGGAUAUAAUAUGCAUCAGAACCAAGGAAGCUUCAACCAGGUGCAUCAACAUCAGUAUCCCCAAAAUGAGUUUCAUCAGCGUGGAUAUCAUAACCAAGGCUUUCAGCGAGGCCGUGGCCGCGGAAGGGGUGGCCACCCAUAUACCUCCCGUGGCCGCGGUAAUUAUAACCAGGUAAAUCAAGGGUACGAUGCUAACAAUGCUUCAUAUAAUCAACAAGCGCCCCAGGGCCCAGUUCGUCGUGGCUCGCCUGUGUAUACGCCAAUGAAUGGUGAAAAAGCGGAUGAGCGAUCCGCCAGCCAGAAGGCUGAAGAGCCACUUAGAGAUGAGUUCGCUCCUGGCGAUGCCGAAGACCGUGCAGAGGAAGAAAAGGCAGCAAACCCUGAACCACAGGAUGCAGCACAGCCGCUUCAGACACAACCCAAUGACACCGUUCCGGAGACAUCAGGUACUACAGAAGAAGAGAAGCCCCAAGAACCAUUGCUCGAUGCUCAAGAAGAAGAAAAAGAAGAAGAGAGACCUGUAACUACUGAGUCUCCCCUAUCGGAUCCACCACCGACCGAGCUCAAACAAGACACUGUGCUACCAGUGAGCGCGGUAUCCUCUACCAUGCCUCCACCCCCAAGCCCUUCUAUCCCCACCGGACCUUCUAGAACCCUGACCUACGAUUCGAAUGCGAAUGGCAUUAGACCGGGUGGUGGAGCUGAUCAAGUACAUUCUCGGGGUCCUGCCGAGUAUAGAGGAGGUGCGAAUAGGAAAGGAUUCACGCGAAUACCGAAUGGCGAAGUAGUAAAAGCGGCUGCGAUCCUGCCUGAAAAGCCAGCUCCACCACCCGUUGAGCCUGUGGGGACUGGUGUGCCUGGCGCACCUACUGGACCCAAGGCACUUCGACAAGGGGAUUCUAGUAAGCCUGUAAAACAAGAUCCUGGAUUUUCAAUCGUCGGUCGUGCAUCCGCUGCUCGCGCUCCUGCUGACUCAUAUGCGAAGAGAAACCAUGAUGAAGAAAAACGCCAAGAGCGCCGCAGACGCCACUCGCGCAAGUACGAAGAAGAUCAUGAAGACGGAGCAGAGUACAAGCAAUCAUCACGAGCGCGAGACUCUUCGGUCGAGUCAUUGAAGCGCCAAUCUCAUCGGCACCAUCGUGACCGAGAAUACGAGAAAGAAAAGGACAAAGCUUCAGAGCGAAGCAGUCACCGCUCUCACCGACACCGAGAUCGCAGUCGAAACAAGACUCGCGACACAGAAGAUAGCUACCAUCGAAGCAGCCGUCACCGAUCUCGAUCACCUGACCGCGCACAAGCCUCGGAGGCGAAGAUCAACGGCGUCUCAAAGUCCUCCCGUCGCCACCGAGGCGACAAAGAUGACGAACACAACGAAUCAUCGUCUUCAAGCAAGCGUCGGCGGUCGAGAGAAGAGUACGAAGUCGACAACGACGUGGACACAGAACAUGAGCGUCGGCAUAGCCAUCGAAGUAAGCGCUCGCGCCACCAUCAUGAUACCGAUCAAGAUUCCAGAAAUGGUAGCACAUCACUGAAGAAAGAAGCGAGCAUGGAGUCACGAAUCGAGAAACCCAGCAGUAGGAGUGGUGGUGGUGGUGGUGGUGGUGGGAAUAUCACUAUCCCAACCGGCCCGAAAAAAGACCAGCAUGCGCUCGAGCGCGAAAAACGCGAUCGCGAGAGGCAGAUGAAGGAACUGCAGCGACGCGCAUUAGCUGGCGGGGGCAGUCAGGUUUCUUCGAGUAGUCGGAAGAAUUCGAUGAGUGGGGGAGGUAUGGAGGAGAGAAGUGGAGGGGACAGGGGCAUUAGGAUUAAUGGAGCUGCGGCUGCGAAUCGGCGGAAGAUUAGUGUCAAGUAUGAGGACGAGCUCGAUGAUUUGAGGGGGUGA